GAAAGCAUCAUCGUCCUCCUUCCCUAUUUCCCUUCUGCCAGCUCGAUCCUGCACAACAUCCGCCCGAGUAUCGGGGUCGCGUGACCAUGGCAGGCGACAGGGAAUACGACGGGUUCAAUCCCAAGCGGCGGAGGCUGGAUUCUGCGCGACCGCAGAGCCGCUUCCAAAACGGAUCGCGAGGCUCGACACCCAGGGCGCAGUCGCAUUACGCGCCGACGCCGCCGCGAGAGCCCGACAAGCCCGAGCCGACAGACCAGGACUCGCUGUUGCUGGAUCGCGACUGGUAUGGCGGCGAUGAACUCGGUGGACACACGCUCGGCGACGACACUCAUAACCCCUUUGCGUCCUACGACACGUCGGCGUGGGAGAGCCAGCAGCAGGAGUCAGCCAGGGCAGAGAAAAUGACGAGUCGCUACGACGCCAGACAAGAGCAAAGACGGAAGGAGAACGAUGCCUGGGAGACAAACCGCAUGCUGGUAUCGGGCGUCGCCCAGCGUCGAGACAUGGCAUCCGACUUUGACGACGAGGAGGCGACCCGCGUUCACCUGCUGGUGCAUGACUUGCGCCCGCCGUUCCUCGACGGCCGCACCAUCUUCACGAAGCAGCUCGAGCCUGUACCUGCUGUGCGGGACUACCAAAGCGACAUGGCCGUCUUUAGUCGGAAAGGCAGCCGGGUGGUCAAGGAAGCUCGCCAGCAGCGCGAGCGACAGCGACAGGCGCAGCAGGCGACGAGCAUCACCGGCACGACUCUUGGAAAUAUCAUGGGGGCCAAGGAGGAGGACGGGGACAGCGCCCUGCCCAUGGCCGGCGAGGAGGAGGUGCAAGCCAACCGCGAGAAGAAGGGAAACAAGUUCUCGGAGCACAUGAAGAAGGGGGAGGGCGCCAGCGACUUCAGCCAAAGCAAAUCCUUGCGCGAGCAGCGGGAGUUUUUGCCUGCGUUUGCUGUGCGCGAGGAGCUUCUACGUGUCGUCCGGGAGAACCAAGUCACCAUUGUGAUAGGCGAGACGGGCUCCGGAAAGACGACGCAAUUGACGCAGUUCCUAUAUGAGGACGGAUACGGCCGGACCGGCAAGAUAGCCUGCACGCAGCCCAGGCGCGUGGCUGCCAUGAGUGUGGCGAAGCGUGUCGCAGAUGAGAUGCAGGUUCGAUUGGGGAGUACGGUCGGCUAUUCCAUUCGAUUUGAGGAUGUCACCAGCGACGAGACUGUCAUCAAGUACAUGACAGAUGGUAUCUUGCUGCGAGAAUCGCUCAACGAGCCGGACCUUGACCGGUAUUCGUGCAUCAUCAUGGACGAGGCGCACGAGCGGGCCCUCAACACGGACAUCCUUAUGGGGCUCUUCAAGAAGAUACUGCAGCGGAGGCGAGACCUGAAGCUCAUCGUCACUUCAGCAACAAUGAACGCCAAGCGCUUCUCCGACUUCUUUGGCGGUGCGCCCGAGUUUACGAUUCCAGGGAGGACGUUUCCGGUCGACGUCAUGUUCCACCGGUCGCCCGUCGAGGACUACGUGGACCAGGCAGUGCAGCAGGUACUUGCCAUCCACGUUUCCAUGGACGCUGGUGAUAUUCUCGUCUUCAUGACGGGCCAGGAGGACAUUGAAAUUACCUGCGAGCUUGUCCAGAAGCGUCUGGACGCACUCAACGAUCCCCCAAAACUCAGCAUUCUUCCCAUCUACAGUCAGAUGCCGGCGGACCUGCAGGCCAAAAUCUUUGACCGCGCGGCGCCAGGGGUGCGAAAGUGUAUUGUUGCCACCAACAUUGCGGAGACGAGCUUGACGGUGGACGGCAUCAAAUACGUCGUGGACGCAGGCUACUCCAAGAUGAAGGUGUACAAUCCCAAGAUGGGCAUGGACACGCUUCAGAUCACGCCCAUAUCACAGGCCAAUGGGUCACAGCGGUCGGGUCGUGCCGGCCGGACGGGGCCCGGCAAGGCAUUUCGGCUGUAUACGGAGAAAGCGUUCAAGGAGGAGCUGUACCUGCAGACGAUCCCUGAGAUUCAGCGGACGAAUCUGUCCAACACGGUGCUGAUGCUCAAGUCACUCGGGGUCAAGGACCUCCUCGACUUCGACUUUAUGGACCCGCCGCCACAAGACACCAUCUCGACGUCCAUGUUCGACCUAUGGGCGCUAGGGGCGCUCGACAACCUAGGCGAGCUGACGGAGCUGGGCCGCAAGAUGAGCGCGUUUCCCAUGGACCCGUCGCUAGCCAAGCUGCUGAUCACGGCCGAGGAGUACGGGUGUAGCGAGGAGAUGAUUACGAUUGUGUCCAUGCUGUCGGUGCCCAACGUCUUCUACAGGCCCAAGGAGCGGCAGGACGAGGCGGAUGCGCAGCGCGAGAAGUUUUGGGUGCACGAGUCGGACCACCUGACGUACCUGCAGGUGUACUCUGCGUGGAAGGCCAACGGCUACUCGGACGGGUGGUGCAUCAAGCACUUCUUGCACUCCAAGUCGCUGCGGCGGGCCAAGGAGAUCCGGGAGCAGCUGCUGGACAUUGUCAAGAUGCAGAAGAUGCAGCUCAACAGCUGCGGCAUGGACUGGGACAUGAUACGCAAGUGCAUCUGCUCGGGCUACUACCACCAGGCGGCCAAAUACAAGGGCUCGGGCGAGUACAUCAACCUGCGAACCAACGUGGCGGUGCAGCUUCACCCGACGAGCGCGCUGUACGCCGGCCACCCGCCCGACUACGUCGUCUACCACGAGCUGGUGCUCACGUCCAAGGUGUUCGUGUCGACGGUGACGGCCGUGGACCCGCACUGGCUGGCGGACCUGGGCGGCGUCUUUUACUCCAUCAAGGAGAAGGGCUACUCGGCGCGCGAGAAGCGCAUCACCGAGACCGAGUUCAACCGCAAGAUGGAGAUUGAGGCCAAGAUGGCCGACGACAAGCGCCGCGAGGAGCUGCGCAGGCAGGCCGAGGAGGAGCGCGCCACCAAGAAGAAGGUGGGCGGGCCUGCCGACGGCAAGAAGUUUGUCACGCAGGGGGCCGUGAAGAAGCCCGUCAUUAAGAGACGCGGUAGAGGCUUUUGACGGGAUUGCCAUUAUGUGCUUGGCACCCGGGGUUGUAUUUACUUGCAGGGGGCAUAUUAUAUGUACUUGGCGACACUGGCGUCGCAGCGAUUGACUUGGGCGACGGCGUCAACCAGCACUUGGGCAUCGAAACAGAGUACGUACGGUCAAGAAGGGACACACGUCAAGUUACCGAGUUUACUCGUCAACGGCGGACAGAGAAGCUCUGCUCGCCAUCCACCGCCUCGCGAUCCUCCCUGGUGACCUGCACGACGUGCGCGUGUCGCGGCCCGUCAUCGAUAUCCUUGAAGAACUUUUGCAGCGCCUCGUCCUCGCCCUGGACCUCCCCUUCGACCUGCUCUCCCGCCGGGGUUUGGCGAUUUGCGUUAGCCACAGCUCAUACCGUGUGUAAAGUAGCUUUUGUUUUGUGUCGUGCGUGCGCGGCGGGCGGCCCCGUCGUCGCACGCGAGUUUUAUGAAGGCCGAGCCAGUGUGAAGAACAGACAACGCACCUUGUUGUCGCUUGUGUUCCUGCACCAGCCCGUCACGCCAUAUUCGCGAGCCUUUUCUCUGGUAAAGUACCGGAAGCCAACGCCUGUUGCAGUAUGUGGCUCCGAAAAAGGGGGCGGGAGCCAGCCUGACGUCAGUCUGAACGUCUUGCAAUAUAACUUUUGUACAACAACAAACACACAUACAAGACAAACAAACAGUGGCAAGAAAGGCAAGAGCAAACCCCACAAAAUAGAUCCUGGUAAUGGAGGAGGGGGGGGGGGGGAGGUUCGAUUUUAUCAUGAUGAUGCUGCCGUAGUUACUGACCCUGCACGACGCCGCCGUGGGCGACAAAGUAAAACUGCCGCACGGCUGGUCAGCGUCUUCUGCAGCGGCGGCGAGGCAGGCAUGCAUGCGUGCAUGCAUCUCGGGGAGGGGACCAAGUGAAAAGAGCUGCGUACCCGUUGGGGCAUCCCGGUGGUGGUUCUCUGUGUGCGCGAUGGAAGAGAGGGAUGCUUUGGAGGGUGUGAGGUUCAACUUUACGGAGAGAGCUGGACCGCCGAGGCGGGGGGGCAUCCUUCCGCCCCGCCACGGCAACUGGCCCGCCGCCGCAAACCACCAUCAUCAU